CGUGGUUCUCCUCCGUUCACUUCUCCUAUUUCUGUAGAAAAUAUUACGUCCCUCUGCUCUUCAAAUAGAGAGAUUGAGCUCUAUUUCUGUCGUCCAAUGCGAAAUUGAAACCUCCAGAAAUCGAGAGUAAGAGGAAGGCGAAAGCAAAGGGUUGAAGGAGAUAUAGCAGCUUGAAUUAUGGCUUGCAGAUUGGCCUUUCGACCGGAUGCGUACCUCUGCGCCUCCCGGCCUCGUGACAUCGGCGGGCGGAGGGUGGCUGCUCGAUACCCAAAGGUCUCCAUGGCUUCCACCGUCGGCACCUCAUCCAGUAGGAUUUUGAUGCCAAAAAAGCCUUUCACUCCCCCACGUGAGGUACAUGAGCAAAUCACUCAUUCCAUGCCGGCCCAGAAGAUUGAGAUCUUCAAGUCCUUGGAGGAUUGGGCAAAAGACAAUAUUCUGGUACACCUGAAGCCUGUGGAGAAGUGUUGGCAGCCACAGGAUUUUUUGCCGGACCCUUCUGCUGAGAGCUUCCAUGAUGAAGUUAAGGAAUUAAGAGAACGCUCAAAGGAACUUCCUGAUGAUUUUUUUGUUGUCUUGGUUGGAGACAUGAUUACAGAAGAAGCUCUUCCUACUUACCAAACCAUGUUAAAUACCCUUGAUGGUGUUCGAGAUGAAACAGGUGCAAGCCCUACUUCUUGGGCCAUUUGGACUCGGGCAUGGACUGCCGAAGAAAAUCGACAUGGAGACCUCCUCAACAAAUACAUGUACCUUAGUGGAAGAGUAGAUAUGAAACAAAUCGAGAGGACAAUUCAAUAUCUGAUUGGCUCUGGAAUGGAUCCAAGAACAGAAAACAAUCCCUACCUUGGUUUCAUUUACACUUCCUUCCAGGAGCGAGCCACUUUCAUCUCCCAUGGCAACACUGCUAGGCUUGCCAAGGAGCAUGGGGACCUAAAGCUGGCGCAGGUUUGCGGCAUUAUUGCCUCUGAUGAGAAACGCCAUGAGACCGCCUAUACAAAGAUCAUUGAGAAGCUAUUUGAGAUAGACCCUGACGGGACUGUCCUUGCCUUUGCUGACAUGAUGAAGAAGAAGAUAUCAAUGCCCGCACAUCUCAUGUUUGACGGUCGCGAUGAUAAUCUCUUCGAGCACUUCUCUACAGUGGCACAGAGGCUCGGGGUAUACACAGCCAAGGAUUAUGCGGACAUCCUGGAGUUCCUUGUGGGCAGGUGGAAGGUGGGAGAACUCACUGGGCUAUCCAGUGAAGGUAAGAAAGCUCAAGACUUUGUCUGCACCUUGGUACCGAGAAUUCGAAGGCUAGAUGAGAGGGCUCAGGCAAGGUCUAAACCAGCUGGGAAAAUGCGGUUCAGUUGGAUCUACGACAGGGAAGUAAUGAUCUGAGCUUCUAGCUUCUGGUUGGAAUUGUCAGUUUUGAUUGUUGGUGGCGGUGGCGGUGGCGGUGGCGGUGGAGGGCAAAUUAUUAUGUCUGGUCACCUGACAGAGAAAUACAUAUGGAUUUCUUCUCUCUAUCUACAGUAAAGCGCAAUUACUGUAGCAGUUGCGUUUUGACUGUAGACAGAGAUAAAUCUGGAUGUAUCUCUUUGUCAGAUGACCGGACCUAAUAAUUUCCCCUUAUGGAGGAGAAGUUUGUAGUUUUUGUCUGAUGGUUUUGCUUGAAUUCAAUGUUUUUGUUCUCUGUGUUGUGUUGUGUUGUGGGUGGUUGGAGGACUGUAUGGAAUGGAUCUUGUGUAGUAAAGGGUGUGUUUUUAUUCAUAGAUCUGUAGUGUUGGAUGGUUUUUUACAAGUACCUUGUUUAGAAAUUUAUGCCUUUGAAAUUGAAAUUUGAAAAGUUCCCUC